GACUUUACUGAGCUUGUUUCCAAACUUAGAGCUGCUAUCUACAAUGGAAUUUCUAGUUCUGGGCUGGAUUUGUACCAUCUAGGGGGGCGUGUUAGCAACAUGAGAGAACUUGGAGUAGUAAUAUAUUCCAUGCAUUGGAAAACCCGAUUUAAAACUGAUUAUAUAUCCCACAAAUUAAAUGCUAUAAGUUUAAGAGAGCCAUAGUUUCUUCCACCUCUGAAGCUACCGAAAUGUUGCUGAGAGUCGAUAGUAUUAUCAGAGCUAAGCCAAGAACU